CCAAAAAGUCGUCGAACUCUUGGCUUGAGUGAAUCGACCAACCGACACAUCACGCUCGCUUCCCACAGUUCCCUUGCAGCCCCCAGUCGCACAAGUCAAAGCGAACCAAAGAGUACUGCGCUUGUUGCAGAGAGAGUCACAGCCCACAACCGCAACCAUGUCGCGCCCCGAAGACAUCCUACCCCCCGAUCUCUUCUACAAUGACUCGGAAUCGCGAAAAUACACAACCUCUUCGCGUAUCCAGAAGAUUCAAUCCACAAUGACCCAUCGCGCCCUCUCCCUUCUCGCACUUUCCUCGCCCUCCAUGAUUCUCGACAUUGGCUGCGGCUCCGGUCUUAGUGGCGAGAUCCUGUCGCAAACCGCAGAACAAGGCACACCUGGCGGCCCACACGUAUGGAUUGGCUUUGACAUUAGCGCAUCCAUGCUGGGCGUUGCGUUGGAGAAAGAGGUAGAAGGAGAUUUGCUGCUAGCCGACGCAGGCCAAGGUGUACCGUUCAGACCAGGAACCUUCGACGCUGCCAUCAGUAUCAGUGCAGUCCAAUGGCUGUGUAACGCUGAAACUAGUGAGGAGAGUCCUGCGGGCAGAUUAUCGAGGUUCUUCAACCAGCUCUAUGCGAGUCUGAAGAGAGGAGGGAGGGCUGUCUGUCAGUUCUACCCAAAGAACGAUGCACAGAAGAAAAUGGUGGCGCAGGCAGCCAUCAAGGCCGGUUUCGGUGCGGGUCUUCUUGAGGAUGACAUGGGAACCAAGAGCGCAAAGACAUAUCUUGUCCUAACUGUGGGCGGAGGAGCGCUCGAUGGCGACAUCACAGGUGUUGUGAGGGGCAUGGAAGGCGUUGACGUCGAUGAUGCACGAAGAAAGGCAAAGGGCAUGAAGAGAGGUGAAGAACGCAAGGGCAGCAAAGCAUACAUCAUGAAGAAGAAGGAGCAGAUGGAGAGGCAAGGCAAGGUUGUCAAGGCGUCGUCCAAGUACACUGGCAGGAAGAGGAGGAUCCAAUUCUAGAUAUACCCACGACACCAUCAUCACGAUGUUACGCAUAGCACGGAGUUCUGGUUUUGGCAUUUUCAGGAGGGUAUAAGAAUGGUCAAUUCAAUCAUGCAGCAUGCUAUAUACCACCUACAAGUACAGCUCUAUUCACAUUCCAGCUGGUAGUUGUACAAGUGCCAUUGCGUCCAAUCGUUAAGAAAAUGUGUUAUUGCUCCCUAUCAUAGGUUAACCCAAUGUGAGCCGAGGCCUAGAUUUGACGGUAUCAUCGCGCUAGAUCAAAGCUUAGCAAACACGAAGACCAUGAUGGUUAAAUCAUGCCUUCUCCAUCUGGUUCAGAACUGCGCGGGUGAACUCGUGGGUGGUGGUGUUGCCUCCCAUGUCGCGUGUGCGGGCAGUGCUAGAGAAUGUUAGUCAUGGAUUA